AUGAAGAUUGCUGGACAACCAUUUAUUCUUGGCCUUUUGGGCCUGGUCAACCUUGCUCGUUGCAACGUGCUGCCCAAUUGGAAUUCCUAUCCCAGCCAUGAUCCUGCUAUUGAGAAUCGCACUUUGGACGAAAUCUACGCGGCUGCUAAAAAGGAGACGGGUGAUUUAAUUGUUCUUUGGGGAGGUGAUGCUGUAAGCCAGGGUGAUUCGACCAUUGAAGCAUGGCAGGCAAGAUUCCCCGAAAUUAAGCUCAAUCUGACUGUCGAUGUUUCAAAAUAUCAUGACAGCCGAGUCAAUCGUCAGUUCCAGCGCAAUGGAACCGAUGGGGCAGACAUUGCGGUGUUGCAGACGCUCCACGAUUUCGGCCGCUGGAAGAGGGAGGGACGGCUGCUGCCUUACAAGCCGUUGAAAUGGGAGGACAUUUAUACCGCUGUCAAGGAUCCUCACGGUGCCUUUGUGGGAGCAUUUAUAUAUCAAUUCGGAGAUCUUAUUUACAACACCGGUCUCUUGAAUGAGUCUAAUGUUCCAUCCUCCUAUGGAGACUUUGUCCGCCCGGAGUGGAAAAGCAAACUGACAUUGACGUACCCCAAUGACGACGACGCUAUCACUUACCUUUUCUCUGUCAUCAUCGACAAAUAUGGUUGGGAAUGGUUUGAAUCACUCAUCGAGCAGGACGUUCAGUGGGUUCGGGGAACUGGCGAGCCUGCUAACUAUGUUGCCGAGACCAAUUCAACUCGCUCGUUGUCUUUCACCACCAAUUUGAACGGCGCGAACAACCUGGCUAGCAAAACUCCCCAAGAGGCUGCUUUGCUAUGGCCACAGACUGGUGCUAUUUUUGCGUCUACCCCUCGCCCUGAAAGUGCUAAAUUGUUUAUGAGCUGGUUGCUUAGCGACGAACGCCAGCAGGGUAGUGGGAGCUACUUAGUACGGAAAGACCUGUCUCCUAAGCUUGCAAGCGUGUGGGACGAUAAAUUCACGGCUCUCACUCAAUUCGCAACUUUCAUGGAAAACCGUGAGUUGGUCGAAUGGUGGAGAUUCCAGUUUGAGACUUCUAUCGGGAGCGCACAGGGACCUAGCCCAGUGCAUUCGUACUAUGGUAGUCGCUAG